UCAAGCGUGGUGACGAUUAUAGAGAAGGCGACUUGCUUGUAAGUAUAUAUGCAAAACAUACAUUAUUACUCAGAGUUAAAUCACAAGCUGAUGAUCACUGUUUGAGGCAUCUAUUGGGCUUGCAAAUGAAAAGUCAGCCGGAAGCUUGACUGGAGUGUAAAAGAUAAUAAGACAAUUAGUAAUAUUGACUUAUUCACAAUAUAUUCAUACAAUGUGAGUCAUUAAUUAGUUUUUAGUGACGUUGUAUCAUACUGGUCUCACUUUAUGUAUGUAGAUUCAUAUGUAUAGAGAUUGAGAAAGAGCCUAUCUUCUUUUUAUCUCCAUACACUUAAUCUUAAUCUAUAUCAGAAUUAAAUGCAGGCCUAAAAAUCAACUCUAACAUCAUUCAAAAUUUUAAAUCUGUCACUGUCAGUUUUUUCUUGUCUCCAAAGGCAUUCAAAUCCACGAAUAAGCAUCUUUAUCAAAACUCAGGCCUCAAGUAUGGCAAGGAUGUUUGACGAGAUCAACCAGCAGCUGGACUUCUCUAGCUGUGGAGAAGAAGGAAGCAGUAGUGACAACAGCUCAGAUGACAGUGCCUCCAGGGUCCGGAGUCCCAGCUCUGCAUGCAGGACGCCCAGGGUGCAACGCCAUCGCAGUAGAAGCAAUACUUUGUCUUACCCUUUACAGUGCACCAGCCCCAUACCUUAUGCCUCCUGGAGUAAACUGAGGCUCUGUGACUCUCCCAGCACACCCAAGAGUCUUCUAUCCAAGUCGUCCCAGCCUUUCUCUAGCACUAAGAUCAGUCGGCAUCAAAGGAGCCUUCGUUUUGCCUCAGCUGCUGCAAACCUCACCCAGGCACCCUCGGUCAACGUGAAUCCUUUCACCCCUGACACGGUGCGCACCAACAGCGAGCAGCUGAGGAGGAACAUUUAUAGAAGUGAUGAAGAUGAUGAUUAUCGGCAAAGGUUGAAACACAGCUUAACGUCAUCAGAGGAGGAUGAUGAAGCCUUCCUCCCACCAAAGAGGCGAGCUGUCCAACCCUUAAUGCUGUCGCGGUAUGAGAGUGAGUUCCUGGAGCUGGAGCGCAUUGGCGUGGGCGAGUUUGGGGCAGUUUACAAGUGUGUGAAGAGGCUGGAUGGUUGCUUGUACGCCAUAAAGCGCUCUCGCCGACCCCUCGCAGGCUCUGCCAAUGAGCAGCUGGCUCUAAAGGAGGUGUAUGCGCAUGCUGUUCUUGGGCACCAUCCACAUGUUGUUCGCUAUUAUUCAGCCUGGGCAGAAGACAAUCACAUGAUUAUUCAGAAUGAAUACUGUGAUGGUGGUAGUGUCAACGACACCAUCAUGAAGAAGGAGGUGCAGGGUGAGCUGUUUUCAGAGGCCGAGCUGAAAGAUCUGCUAUUGCAGGUGUCUAUGGGUCUAAAAUACAUCCACAGCUUAGGCCUCGUACACCUGGACAUCAAACCAAGUAAUAUAUUCAUUUGCCAGCGUUCCAGCACAAGUGCAUUGGGUGAGGGGGAAAGCGAGGAGGAAGACAACAGCACUUCAGCAGGAGUCGUAUACAAAAUUGGGGAUCUGGGCCAUGUGACAUCAACAAACGGUCCCCAAGUUGAGGAAGGGGACAGCCGUUUUCUGGCCAGUGAGGUUCUGCAUGAGGAUUACAGACACCUCCCUAAGGCAGAUCUCUUUGCUCUGGGCCUCACAGUGCUGCUGGCAGCUGGGGCUCCUCCUCUGCCUCAAAAUGGAGAUGAGUGGCACAGCCUUAGAGAGGGGAAGCUUCCCAAGCUGCCACAGGAGCUCUCAUCUCCCCUCAGAGGUUUGCUGCAGUUGUUGCUGGAUCCAGACCCAAUGAAGCGGCCGUCUGCCAGAGAGCUUUGCAAGCACGCGGUCUUAAGGGAGGGGAGGACUGGGAGGCUGGCUGCUCAGCUACGCACAGAGCUCAAUGUAGAGAAGUUUAGGACAGCCAUGCUUGAAAAAGCGCUCCAGGAAGCUCGUCAGGCAGUUCUGUCACCCAAGCAGAGCCUCCCUCCAGGACCAAAACCUUCUGCUAAUAUAGGCCCUCUACCUAAGGCAGGGAGAAGGCUUGUUGGUAGGAUGACGUCACGAUCCAAGAGCUUUGGUUGCCCUGGGUAUGGAGUCUGAUGGGACAGUAUGAGGCCCACGUGUCAUUUGCUUUUAUAUAAUGUAACUUCUUCUGCUACCAGGUUGUGGUAAAAACCUUGACAUUUGUUUAUGUCACAGAUGUUUUGUUGGUUGUAGAAAUGACUGGAUGGACAGUAUUGGUUUUAAAGGCAUCUGACUCACUUUUCUCUGGGGAUAAUUUCAAUAUAUGUAACUGCUGCAGACCAUUUUAUUUGACCAGUUUUUAAUUAUUUUUUUUAACUGUAAAUAAACAUUUAAUGCAUUUCAUCAGAUGAAUUUCCUUUUUAUAACUUGAUUUUUCUCUUCCACUCAUAACAGUUU